AGCUCGACGAUGGUAAGGGACGUCAUGUCAACCUAUGAGAACCCCACAUGAUCUUGAUUCCCGAGAGGUCCCAAUCCCCAAGAUUUUAAAAACGUGCCAGGUCAUAAUUUUGGGGAAACUUGGCCCAUACGCUUGGUUAUUUCCUAACAACUUUCUGAGCUUGGUUAUUGUCAAUUUGCUUACUUUCUUUUCUUUCGAUCUGAGCAACCCCCAAAAAUAAAAAAUCUACACACAAACUUGAGAAAUAAAAGAAGCACACGCCCAAUUCCGAAAGCGGGACUACGUUCGUUUCCAUAGCUCCAUUUUAUUCCACUCCUUCCAACGCGGGCGGUGUGAGUGAGGAGAUGACAGACAGGAAUGCGGCGCCGCCACAAGACGCAGACCGAAAACCCGGCGGCGUCGGUGACUAUGGCAGCACCACCAGAAGCAACAGCCACGAAGGAGGAGGAGGAAGCCAGAGGCCGCUCCGGCCUGCCAUGGUCAUGGCCAUCCGAGGCGACGAUGGCGGGGUAAGCCCCAAGAGCGGGCCUACGAAGGUCGUAUCCAUUGAAGAGCCCAAGCUCUCCCCCCCCAUGCAACCGCUCGACACACCGCCCCUAAAACAAUUCACCGCCGGCGUAGGCAAGCGACUCACCGGCCGCCCGACGCCAUCCUCCUUCAGCAACUCGUCGAAGAACUCCCUCCUCAGCCAGGCGAGCCAGGAGGAUAUCCCGAGGCUGGCUAUGAGUCAGUCGGGGGAGAGCUCGUCGGGGAAUGCGCCGUAUAUUCAGAGACAUAAACAUCAUCAUCAGCAUGAUAAACUCCUCAGCCAGGUCUCGGAGUGGUUGCAUGUCCAGAAGGCUAAGAAGGCCGCGAGGAAGGCGAGGAAGCAUAAGGCUCACCCGCGCGAAGAUGGAGGAAGGGGGAACGAGAAUAACCGCUCCACCACCGCUCGCAGAGAAUCGCAGGACUCGUGCCUGAGCACCAUCUCCCUCGAGGACCUGCAAUCGAUCCUCGAAGACAGUAAAGUCAAAUCCACCUACCGCCCCAACCCAGAGAGCCCAGUCCUCCGCCCUCGCCGACCCUCCUACUCAUCGCGCAAAUACACAUCCCGCCGCUACUCCACCAAUGCCUCCUCUGACACAGAGUACUUUGACGGCGACGUCAUAGUCCCCAGCUGCGACGUCGUCCUCGACAACUCCAAAACCCUCACCCACCCCUCCGGCACAACAACACCCACCACCUCCGGCCGCCGCGCCGACAAAGAGGCCGCGGUGUGGGUUACUUUCAAAUCCGAGAUCUUAAGACUGGCACACACACUCCGUCUGAAGGGAUGGCGUCGCGUCCCCCUCGACAGCGGCGCAGAUCUCGAAGUCGAGCGCCUGAGCGGCGCACUCACAAACGCAGUUUACGUCGUCUCCCCACCCUCCACCCUCCCCUCCGAUCCGGCUAGUAAAUCGAAAGCCCGACCCUCCAAACUCCUCCUCCGCAUCUACGGCCCGCAGGUCGAGCAUCUCAUCGACCGCGACGCCGAGUUAGGGAUUCUGAGCCGACUUGCGCGCAAGAAGAUCGGGCCGAGACUGUUGGGGACGUUUCGGAAUGGGAGGUUUGAGGAGUACUUCAUGUCUACUACCCUGACGCCCAAGGAUCUCCGCGAUCCGGAGACGUCGAAGCAGAUCGCGAAACGUAUGCGGGAGUUGCAUGAUGGGAUUGAGCUGCUGGAGACGGAGAGGGAUGAGGGGCCGUUUGUGUGGAGGAAUUGGGAUAAGUGGGUGGAGAGAUGUGAGCAUGUUAUUAGUUUCCUGGAUACGCAUCCGGAUACUGGGGGGGGGAAGAAGGUGCCGGCGUGGAGGGAGAGGGGGUUGGUUUGUGGGGUGGAGUGGUCGGUGUUUAGGGGGAUGGUGGAGAGGUAUAGGGGGUGGUUGAAUGAGAAGUAUGGGGGGGUGGCGGGGUUGAGGGAGAAGUUGGUGUUUGCGCAUAAUGAUACCCAAUACGGCAACAUCCUCCGCCUCCUCCCCACCACCGAAUCCCCCCUCCUCCUCCCCGCCAACACCCACAAACAACUCGUGGUAAUCGACUUCGAAUACGCCUCCGGCAACACCCCCGGCCUCGAAUUCGCAAACCACUUCACGGAAUGGUGCUACAACUACCACGACCCCUCCACCCCCUACAUCUGCAACACCAAAUCCUUCCCCACCCCCGCCGAACAACGCCGCUUCAUCCGCGCCUACCUCAACCACCGCCCGCAAUUCUCGGGCUUCUCUUCCGCCUCCGCGACACCCAAGGUCGUCCCCAGCCCUGGACCGGGGAAUGCGGGGAUCUCGGCGUUUAUGUUGGAUUCGCGCGGGCCGCCGGGGGGGGACGCAGUGCCGGGGGGUUAUGCGGAGGAGGAGCAGAGGAGGAUCGCGGAUGUGGAGCGGAGGGUUGAGGAGUUGAUGGUUGAGGCCCGCUGGUGGAGAGUCGCUAAUUCGGCGCAGUGGGUUGCGUGGGGGAUUGUGCAGGCGAAUAUCCCGGAGUUGGAGGAGUAUGAUACUGCCUGUCGGACGCCGAGUGCUGAUGCGCCUGACGGGGAGGUAGGGGGGAUGGAGAAGUUGGAUUUGGAGGAUGGUGGUGAGGGUAUGGUUAAUGGUGAGGAUGAGGAGGGGGACAGCGAGGAGGGAGGCAGUGUGGAGGGAGAGGAUAAGGAGGAUGAUGAGUUUGAUUAUGUGGCGUAUGCGCAGGAUCGGGCUAUGUUCUUUUGGGGGGAUUGUGUGGCGCUGGGAUUGGUGAGGUUGGAGGAUUUGCCGGGGAAUGUGCAGGAGGCGGUGAAGAUUGUGGAUUAUUGAGUGAUGGUUGGGGGGGGUGAUGGUGCAUGUGGUGGUGGGCUUUCUGAAUAUGCAGUUUAGCAUGAUACCAAU